UUGAAAAAAUCAAUAAACACACAUUAUUUAUUUUUCAAUGUAUUUGAGCUCUUUCUCCCAUGUUCAUCUUCUUCUUCAUUUUAUUUUCCAAGUCUACAACAUUACCCAAAUAAAAGCUAACCCUCACCUUUUGUAGUAGGUAACCUUAAAAAAAAAAAGAGUAUGUGAAGAAGGAAGAAGAAGAAGAAGAAGAAGAAUUGGGACAGAUAAGAAUAUGGUUGUGUGUGAGAGAGAGAGAUGGAGAGCUUGCUCUCUGAUGAGCUUCUGGUAGAAAUCUUUCAAAACUCCCACUAAGUUCACAUUCUUCAGUGGUCUCAAAGCGUUAGCUCCAUCUCUACCGUACUUCCAAGUCCACCCUCUUUGUCUAAGUUACCCUUUUCUGCCACUAAUUUAUUUUGUUAUUGUUUUAAGGUUGUUAAACUGUUAUUUUCUUUUAUUUCUUCAUUACAUUUUCCCAAAUAUUAUUGCACUGCUCUAUUUUUAAUAGUAAUAGGAAAAUAAUGAAAUUUGUAUGUAAGGUAUUUUCUUCAGUAUUCUAUGCUCUAAUAUAUGUUAAGUUUUCCUCCAUUCUUCCACAGUUGCUUUUAAAUUGUUCUGCUUCUUUUCAUUUUUGAUAUCUUCUCUUGUAUGUUCUCUUGUUGUAUUUUACCUUCUCACAUUUGUUGCAUUUGUUAUGUUGUUUCUUUUCCUAGCCAGCUUCCAUACACUUUUUUUUGUCUUCCAGAUUUUAUCAUUUCAAUGGGAGGUAAGACUAUUAUUGUCCAUGAUUUUUUUCAUUCUGGUUACCUCAAACAAAUAUUCAGUGGUUGGUUUAACCUGUGUAAUUUGAAAUCAACAUUUGUUAAACAUACAAAAUAACAAUGGAACAACCCAAAAAACAACAUUAGAAAAACUAUGACAGCCCAAAUAUUAAUGGUUUCUAUGUUUCUGCUUCAUCUUGCCGGAUUUAAUGGUUAUUUUCCAGUUGUUUUGGUGUUGUUGUCGUGGUUUCGUCUUUGAGUGUGGAAGAUGGAGACCUCAUUUUUUACUUUCGAUAUUUACAGUAUAAAAGAAAAAAAAAAAGUCUGAAGGCAGUAUAAAAGUUAUUUUUGCCGCGUGGCAGUAUUUUUAUAAAGAUUUGACCAAAAUUUAGUAUUUAUGUAAGUUUUCCUUAAAAUAUCCAUGUUUUUUUAGUUAGAUUUUUGACAUUUUCUUCAGCGUGUGACCAAGCCCAAUUUGAUCAGCCCAUUACUUGUUGAGUCCAUGUAGCUUCCAUCCAAUCCAAUUCCAUCUCUGCCUUCUUUUCUUCUGAUUCUCUUCAACUCACCUGAACCUCUCCGACUCAAUCCCUCUCUGCCUUCGCUUCAAUCUUCCUCAAUUGUUCACUCAGAAAUUGGCAGCGGCUACGCGUCGCCAAAUUUUCCCUUGCAGAUUCGGCUAAAGUAUUAAAGAUGCUUGAUAGCAACACAGGACUGCCCAAAUGGGGGGAGGAAUGGAAGCGAACAAGAACAAGUUCAUAGAGGAGUGGGGUUCUGCAAGAGAGAAUCUUGAGCACAACUUCCGUUGGACACGCCGCAACUUUGCCCUUAUUGGAUUGUUCGGCAUAGCCAUCCCAAUCUUCGUCUACAAGGGUAUUGUCAAAGAAUUUCAUAUGCAAGAUGAAGAUAACGGUAGACCAUACAGGAAAUUUAUGUGAGUAGUGAGAGAAAUGCUCUCGAACAAUGUUCAAUGAAGAACUAAGUUUCAUUUCCUGACAUAAAUGAAUUGUUUGCACUUUUAUUUGUAUUGUGGCGAACUGAUGUUAGCAGCCAGUUUUUUCCAUUUUCAUUAAACUUUAACUUUUUCUGUUGUGAGCAUUGAGAGAAAUGCUUAAUAGAGCCAAUUUCUUGAUAUAAUAAAACUGUUUGCACAAUAAAAGCGGUGUCAAUGUAAACAGGCACUUUGGAA